AUGGGAAAUAAACUGAGCAGUAGAAGACCUCUGGUGGCCGGUAUCAGACAAGGAUUAGAUUAUAAACGAGAUAAAGCAAGCUGGAAGAGGAUACCCAAUGUCCUAACGUACGAUGAAGAAGAACAAAAAUUGAAGCAAACAACUAAAGUUUUACUGGGAAAUUGCCGUACGAAAUCCGGCGCUACCAAAGAAGACUUCGAAAUGUUACGAUCUAGACAAAUUCCGUCCACCAAAUCUGGACUAUGCCUCAUGGAAUGUUUAUUCGAAGGUGCCAGAAUCGUAGACGAUGGAAAAUUCAACAAAGACGGUAUGAUAACCGCCUUAACACCAGCGAUGAAAGGAGACGCGUCCAAAUUACAAAAACUCAAUGAAUUGGGAAAAACUUGCGAGAGUCAAAUAAACAGUAAAAAAUUGGAAAAAUGCCAAACUGGUAAAAAAAUCCUCGAGUGUCUCGCUAAGAAUGGAAAUAAAUAUGGUUUAGAGAUUCAGCAUAACAAAAAUUGAGUUUUAAAAUGUAC